AUGGGGCCUGCUGAGGAGCUGGUCCGGAUUGCCAAGAAAUUGGAUAAGAUGGUGGCCAGGAAGAGCACGGAAGGGGCGCUGGAUCUGCUCAAGUCCCUCACUGGCUAUACCAUGACCAUCCAGCUGCUCCAGACCACACGGAUCGGGGUGGCCGUCAACUCAGUGCGGAAACACUGUUCAGAUGAAGAGGUGGUGGCCUCAGCCAAAAUCCUCAUCAAGAACUGGAAGCGGCUCCUGGAGUCUUCCACCACCCCGAAGAAGGAGAAGGAUGUGGAUGGGAAGAAGGAGAAGGACACGGACGGGGAGAAGGAGAAGAAGGAGAAGAGGCUGGAUUUUCUCAGCUGCCCCAAUGAAGGGGCGAAGCACCCCAAGAGCCCAUCAGAGAAGCACAGGGAGAAGCACAAGGAGAGAGAGUCCAGCAACAGCCGGAGUCCCACUGCGUCCUCGAAGAAGUCACCUCUGGAUGGCAAGAAAGAGAGGAGAGACUCUGUUGACUCGAGGUCCUCCACCACCUUGGCUGUCGCCUCCUCUUCCUCCCCGCAGAAGAGACCAUCAGGGGAGAGGAGAGCCUCUGUGGGCACCAGCCCUGCACCAGCUCCCGCCAGCUCCCGGAGAAACUCCAGUGACAGCAAGGAGGAAAGCCCCUGCCUCCUGGCCCCCUGCUAUCUCACAGGGGACUCAGUGCGGGACAAAUGCAUCGAGAUGCUCACGGCUGCCCUCCACAUGGACGAUGACUACAAGGAGUUUGGUGUCAGCUGCGAGAAGAUGGCAUCGGAGAUCGAAGACCAUAUCUUCCAGGAGCUGAAGAGCACGGACAUGAAGUAUCGCAACCGGGUGCGGAGCAGGAUCAGCAACCUGAAGGACCCCAAGAACCCCAGCCUAAGGAGGAACGUGCUGUGCGGGGCCAUCCCACCCAGCCUCAUUGCCCGCAUGACUGCUGAGGAGAUGGCCAGCGAUGAGCUGAAGGAGCUUAGGAACGCCAUGACCCAGGAGGCCAUCCGGGAGCACCAGAUGGCCAAGACGGGUGGCACCAUCACCGACCUGUUCCAGUGUGGCAAGUGCAAGAAGAAGAACUGCACAUACAACCAGGUGCAGACGCGCAGCGCCGAUGAGCCCAUGACAACAUUCGUGCUGUGCAACGAAUGCGGGAACCGCUGGAAGGUCUGUGCCUGCUGGGGGCAGCUGCAGGUGCCCCAACCUUUCCCUGGCCCUGGGGAGGUGGCAGAGCCUCCUGAAACAGUGCCGGGGAUCUGGGGCUCCAGGUUUUGGAAGCUCAAAAGCUUCAGCAGAGACUGGUGCCUCUUCGUGCCUGUCCCUGCCUUGCCCUGCAUGAAAUGCUAA